GGGCCUAGUACCUUUCAGCCAGGAAUUGUGGUCUGUGAACAGACAUCUCUGUGGCACAGAGAUGGGAGAUGCUAGAAUGAAAUGAUGAACCAAAGAAGAGUGUGGUCUUUUUAACUUAUAGAAUAUAUAAUGAGAAAUAGUGUGACACAAUGUGGGCAAUAUAGAUAGAAAUCAGAUUGUAGAUGGCUUCAAAUAUUCAGCUAAGGAGUUGGUAUUUUCUCCCUAGACAACAGGGAGGCAAUGCAUGAAUUUUAGAAAGAGAGUUAUAUCUGUUCACAAGGGAAAAAAGGUAGAGACUGUUUUCACCACUCAUAGUAGUAGGUCCUUGCAACAUAGAGUCUGAAGUGGCUUGAACUGAAAUUCUUCCCAGUUCCCCUUUCUCAAUGACAAAUUCAUUUUCAUACCAGCCCUUUCCAUUGAGAGCAGAGAGACUUGUGAUUGACUCCAAUGCCCUUAAGCAGAAGAUACAUUGUCCUGCUAUACAGAGGAAACACCAAGUAACCAUCAAAAUGUCCAGGCUUCUCCCUAUGCCUGGUUCUUCUCUUCUUUCGUUGUUGCUGACUCUGUUCCUUGGCCUUUCUGGAAUCCGAAGCCAGGAAGAGUUCCAAGUACUACAGCCUGAUGAUCAUGUUUCUGGGAUAGAGGGAGACACUAUUCUUCUGCACUGUAUGGUAUCUGAUUUUCCACUAGUAGGACCAGUGAAAUGGUUCAAGGGCAAAGAGCCCCAGAGAGAAGAAAUUUUCAAUUUCAGAGAUAUCUAUGACCGAAGAAAGGCAAUAGCCUUUCCUCCGAGCAAUACAAACUUUUCCAUCAGCAUUAGCCACAUCACCCCAGAGGACGCGGGCACCUAUUACUGUGUGAAGUUCAGAAAGUUCCCUUAUGAAGAGUUUAAAUCUGGCAGUGGCACCAAGCUCACCGUGAAGAUCAAACCCUCUGUUCCUUUGGUGUCUGGUCCCCAGGAGAGAGGAAGCAUCAACCAAACAGUGAUUCUCUCUUGCAACUCAACUGGCUUUUUCCCUAAAGCCAUCACCCUGAAGUGGUUUAAAAAUGGGAAUGAAUUCCCUGCUCUCUGGACUCAUGUUUUCCCCAAAGGAGAUAAUUUUUCCUACAACCUCAACAGUACUGUGCAGGUGCUGCUCACAGCCAGUGAUGUUCACUCUGAGAUUACCUGUGAAGUUCAUCAUGACACAUUACAGACUCCUCUGCGUGGGAAAAUGCAGCUGUCAGACAUUAUUCGAAUUCCACCUGAAAUUGUCAUUUCCAGCCUGUCAUUCCACAGCAGGUGGAUAGCAGCCACCUGUUAUGUGAUAAAGUUCUACCCCAAGCACUUAAAUGUCACCUGGCUGAUGAAUGGAAUCAUUGUUAAAGGAGAGAAGUCAACUAUACCCACUGAGGACAAGGAUGGCACCUACAGCCUUGAGUCCUCACUUGUGGUCCUCAUGUCUGUGCAAAAAGAAAAUACUGGUUUCACCUGUCAGGUGUACCAUGACUCCCAGCCUCCUAUCAAUGAGAUUCUGAGGGCUUCAGCUUCUCCCAAGGAUGGCACUCAAACAGAACCAGGCUCAGCUGUUCCUCCACAGAUCUUAGUGAUUUUCCUCCUGGGUCUCAAGAUUCUGUUGCUGCUCAGUGUCUCCAUAUUCUUUGUCCAUAGAAAGUGGAAGACAACAGCUUUAAAGGCCAAUCAAAGGUCCUUUAGAAGUGGCUCUUCUCCAGAUCCUCAGUUUCAACUUUCUCCUGCUUUCAGACAAGAUCCUGCCCUGGGAUAGAAUAUAGAGUUUCCUCCCCCAUGCUACUGGCUCAUAACAGAUGGUCCUAAAUCAAUUCCCUUGAGUUCCUCUGAGUCCAGAAAUCUGGUCUAGAGGGCAAAGGCUGAUCUUGGCCUCUCUGGAUUGACUCAACCUCCAUGGCCCAACAGGGCAGACUCUGAUUCUUGAAGUUCUUCCCCCUGUUCUUUCCCAGCAGAAGAGCUAGAGUUAUACGGGUUGGAACCAAUAAAAUCAUUUAACACCGUUCCUGUGGGGCUACCAAAGACUAUCAUUGCUGCCCAUCCUCUUCUCCUUCCUUCCUGAAAUUGUUUUUAUUAAUCUCAUCUUCCUUCUGAUUCUCAUUAUUGUUCUUAUACUCAUCCUUGUCUUCUCACCCUUGUGCUUAAUUUUCCUGCUUUCAUUGUUAUACUUUUUUCUUCCCUUUUUCUUUUUUCUUUCUUCUUAUUCUCUUUGCUCUUUCUCAUCAUCUCCAAUAUUUGGCAAUGAAACAAGAUGUGCAGGCAUUCUUGGGAUAUGCAAGGAGUCAUUUGAUGUAACACAGCAAUAAUAGCCCACAUCUAGUUCAUGCCAUGAUUUCUGUAAGUCUUUAGAAAUGCCGUUCAAAUAAGAGUAUGUGUUGUUCUCAUAAAUGAAAUAUUACUCCUCAGAAACUUUUGGCAUAUCAUCUAACACCUCGGAUGUUUGCUAUAAAGUAAGACAAUUCAUCUUAUAUAAGCAGAAAUGCCUUCAAAUACUAGCAAAAUUAUUGCUGGUAAACAUUUGUCAAUUUAAGGUGUUUUACUAUAUACAUUGGCUUUGUUCUUAAAACACCUGAUGGUGGGGGAGGGGAAGUAGAGAGUGGAGAGUAGAGGAAAAAUAUAUCUACCAUGUCUUUAAUGAUUCCUUUUUUGUUCAAAACCUAAUCUGCCUGACAGUAGUGAGGCAGCUAUGAUGUUCAUUAAUUCAAUAGUCACUUUAAAUUAUAUUUGAAUUUUUCCAUUAAAGAAAAUAAGGGGGGAAGAAUAUGUGAUGAUCAAUUAUGAUAAAAUUAGCUCUUCUCAGCAAUGUGGUGAUCCAAGAUAAUACCAAUAGACUUGGAUGGAAAAUGCCAUCCAUAUACAGAGAGAUAACUAUGGAGAUUGAAUAUGGAUCAAAGCAUAGAAUUUUCAUCUUUUUUGUUAGUUUGCUUGUUUUUUCUUUCUCUUGAUUUUUUUUCCUUUUCGGUAAGAUUUUUAUUGCACAAUAUGACAAAUAUGGAAAUAUAUUAAGAAGGACUGUACAUGUUUAACCUAUAUCAGGUUGUUUCCUUUAUUGAGGAGGAGAAGGCAAAGGAGGAAGGGAGAAAAAAUUUGGAACACAAAAUCUUACAGAAAUGAAUAUUAAAAACUAUCUUUACAGUAAUAUUUGUAAAAAUAAAAUGCUAUUGAGAUAAAUAGAUAAAUAAAUAAAUAAAUAAUGAAAAUGCUGUUCAAUAUUUUCUUUUUAAGUUAAUUAAUUAAAUGAUAUAGAAAGAAAUAUAGUAUACAAUUUGUACAUCUAUGUGCCAUUACUUUAAGUUGUUAAACUAAUGUCUUUGUUACAGCAUGUCCUAAGUGCCUAUGUCUAUCUCCUAAAGUGCAGUGGUAUCAUAGUCAAGGCCAACAAGAGGGUUCUUACAUCCAAAUUUUUAAUUUAAUUCUAUCUCCAGCAGCUAGGUCCAUAAUAAUGUUGGCCUUGAAUCAAAAUUCAGUCUUGGAGGAAAAGAAAAUGAAAUUCCAGUUUGAAAUAUGACAAUCUUAAAGUAUCAUGAAGAAUCAAUUAGUUCUCGUCCUCCAUUCCAUAUUUGGAAAAUUUGCAUUUCCAAUUAAAUUUUUAGCUUGUUCUGUGUAGCUGUCAUUUCUCCAGCAUUUUAGUUUCAUUUCUCCCUUUUAUUUUCCUCUUAGGCUUAUUCAGAACUGAGAAAUGGAUACUGAAAUAGCCUAAUACUGUUUGGUAAUUGUUUUUGUGUCCUUGUAGUUUAGUAAAUGUUUCUUUUAUUAAUUUGAAUGCUAAGAUAUUUGGAAUGUAUAAAAGUUCAUUACUGAUAGUGAGUUAGUGUUUGUGAUUUUUUUUUCUGAAUACUGUUGUUUCAUUGUUGGGCAGCUAAGUAUUAUAAUAAAUGGAAUAGCAUUCAAAUCCAGCUUCAGACACUUACUAGGUUUUUGACCCUCAGCAAGUCACGGGUUCGUUUGCUACAGUUUUGUCAUGUGAAAUAUGAGCAGAAGGAAAUGGUAAACUCUUUACCAAGAAAAUCCCAAAUGAGAUGACAAAGAGUUGAACAUGGCUGAAAAACAACUGAUCAUAAUCCAGAGUUCCCUUGUUUACUCCUUUUUAUUUUUGCUUUGUCAGCAUGAUUACAAUUCCUGUUUCAAGGACUCACUUGAUGUACAAUGUGAUUUUUGUAAGCAAUGAAUUGAAGAAUUUUUUU